UUGACGUCACGUCAGCCAGUCGCGAUUGUCGCGUUCUCAUUAUUUUUAUUUCGCAAUUUCUUUACUAUUGCAUAUUCUAUAGCUUUCAUUUUGUUUCUCGUGCAAAAAGUCAGUGGAAGUCGUACAAAUGAGCACUAUGGACAAUCAGUACUACUACAAAUUGAUGGCGAGUUACCUGUCUAAGCGGAACUGCGACGAGUCAUUUGUUAGGUAUUUCCUGGGUAAAAGCGCCAAGAAGUCUCCAGAAGAGCUCGAGAGAGCGGACGAGCGCAAGCGGCGCUUGCAGCGGGAGCGCUCGCGGCGCUACCGGGCGUUAAAGAACGCGCGCCGCCAGCACGAGGGCCGGGAUGCGGACAGCGGCGAGUCGCGGGGCAAGUCGCGGGCGCUGCUCGAUGACGAGCUAAGCGACCCCGACGAGCCGCCAACCCUGUGCGAUCUCAACUACGAUGAUACAUGGGCGGCCUCUUCAGACUGCGCGUCUGACGACAACUCUGCUCACUCGAGCGAAUUGAAGCAGUCGCCGCGGCCCGCUGCUUCGCCGACACUCAGUCUGCACCAGCUGCUGAGCGCACCCAACUCCGAGCUCGACUACCCCACUGUGCACAGCCUCAUGUUCCACUGGCUGCAGACAUAACGUUGCCAACCCUCCACACUGGGGCUCUGGCAAGUUCACAAGCAAUUGUUCCACUUUCAUAUUUCUAACAAACGGUCUAGAACUUAUACUAAGUUUAAGUUUUUAUUAUGUUGUGUCUGAAAUAAUUCACUUUACUUUUGACUUUGAAUGGAAAUCAUCUUAUUUUUUGGAUACAAUAACAAUAUUAUUCAGUAGUCAGUUUGAAAGUCACAAAAAGCCAUAGUAGUAGGUACUUUAUUUAAAUUGAAUUAAUUUAACAUUUGAAUUUAGGCUCUCACAUAUCAAAUAAUUGCACUGCUUUUGCAAUGAUAACAUGUCAACAUUGAGACAACCGUCCUGCUGUAAGUUUAAUCUUAACUGUAUUUUACAAUUUCAGGGUGGAUUUAAAAAAACAAGUUGGCUAAUAUAAAAUUUACUAACAGUACACACACACACACACACACAAAUCUAUAUAAUUUGCCGUUACUUAGUUAUUUUAAAACCACCCUGAAGUGAUAAUAUGUAACCAACUGACAGACAGGGUAACUUAGUAUUGUUCUGCAGAGUGAUGCUUGAAAGGGAUUGGUUAAGCAGUUUUAAAUUCCAAGAGGAUGUAAACUUUAAAAGCCAUACAAUUAUAAUGAAAUGAUGCAUGCUCAGUAAAUGAUUUAUGAAAUUACAAUUUAAGUUAAUUUUACCAGAAUAAUUAAUAGAUGAAUUUUAGAAACAGCUAUAUACAUUCAUCUGCAUUAGUUUAAGUAGAUGUCAGUUGGCUACAUAGACACCGGUGGUGAAGGGGCCGGUCUGCUCCCGUUCACUGCUUUAGUUAUAGAGUAUUCCACUAGACAAUAAGUUGUUAUUAAGUUGCCAUAUCCUAAUAUUUAGAUACUCAACUAUUAUACAUUAUUAUUAUUAAAUGUAUAUGCAUUAUAGAGAAUUAUAGAUUAUAUAGUUUGUGAUAUGAAUGAAUUUACAUUUUGUGUGAACUCUACAUUGUUAGUGGUAUGUGACAGAUAGCAUAGAAAUCUUUACAGGUCAUAAAUAAACAUGCUGAUUUCCAGUGCGCUAGACACCCAGCUCCUCAAUGUAGUUUGGAAUUGAAUUCCAGGGCAAAUGCUUUUCAAAUCUUCGGUUUAAUGUGAACUGUUAAGCAUUACAAUUUUAUUGGAUAAGUUAGAAAUGAAAAGGACUGUAAAAAGCAUUUAAAAUGAUAUUUCAUUUUAUAAAAUAUUGAUUCUCAAAUCAAGGACAACAAUUUUUAACUGUUUUUUUACAUUGUUAUAGGAACUACUGUUGCUUUUAUUAUUUCCAUAUUAAUUAUUACAACUUUAAUUGCUUUUGCUAAGAUUUAUAAUAAGAAAAUAAUUGUUUAUUAAUGAGGGACUUUCCAGGCUACAUUCACCAAACACAAUAUAGACGGUGUUGUGCCGCUUUAACGUGAUAAUUACCUAUUUUCUCAUUACUCGGGUACAGUCAUGACUACUAAUGUGUAUACACUUUGCAACCAUGUGACAUUAACUUUUUUGACAAAUUAAACCGUAAGUCUCAUUAAGUCAUUAAAUGUCGAAUAUGAUAGUGCGACUAGGUUCUAAAGUGCGUACUUGAUAUUGCUCAUGAUUGUACAUAAUUAUUCAAAAAUACAAUGUAAUGUCAGAAGGAUCACAUUAUUAUGUAUAGAAUUAUGUUGCAACUUAUAUUGCUUCUCUUUAUUUUGAUCAGAAUAAUAAUGGGUGGAAAAUGUAAUUGUCCCUGAGUGUAAUAAAAAGGGUCAUCAUUUAUAUCCAAAAACAAAGAUACCUAAAAGAUGCACAUGCAUGCUAUCCAUGAAAUUAGAAGGUUAAAUGAAGGAAAAUCUGUACAGCGCCAUCUAUAUUGUUUUUGAGGAAUGAAGCCUGGAAAGUCCCUCAUUGAUGUACAGCAUAUUAUUAUGUACAGUCGAUUAUUCAGAAACAGUAUAAGAAAAUUCAUUGAUUUUGAAUGUGUACAAGAGACUACACACAUACCUUGAAAACUUCGGUCAGGACUCAGGAUGCUAUCAAAUUACCACUAAAUAAGUAUAUAUUAUUAUUUUUAAUUGAAUAAUUAUUAUCUGUUAAGGUUAAAUUUUGUAAUACUGUUUAACACAUAACAUACCAUAACGCCUGUAUCCCUGAAGGGGCAGGCAGAGGUGAGGUAAUACUGUUUAAGUAUAACUGUAAUAAUAGGUACAGUUUUGAAGGUAUGUGCUUAGUUAGAUAGACAUAAUGGUGGGACCGAACUAACUGCAGUUGUGUUCUGUACUCCUGAUGCGGCUUUGGAUUGCUAUUGUGUUUAUUUUGUAUAUUUAAGUAACGGAAUAAAUGUAUCUAAUUGGACCUAAGCACUUCACAUUCAAGGAUUCAAAGAGAUGAAAUUCAGUCUUGUCAGAUUUUGAAAUGAAAUACAGGUGCUUGUAUUCAUUUGUUUCGUUGUAGGUGAUGCGUGGAAAUAGUUCUAAUAAAGAGAUUCUGUUAGCUUACUAGGAGUUUAAUAAACAUACCCGUGCAGGCACACGUGUAUCCCGCAAAAUACUAUUGUAGGAAGGGUAUAUUCUGAAUUGUCUGGAAUAGGGCUUACAAGUAAGAAGCGAGCUUUUUUUAUGGCAUAAUAUUUAAAAGUAGAACUCAAAAUUCAGAAUGUGCUCAUCACGCUGACACGGUGCGGGCAAACAAACACAUGCAUUGCCUUCGAAGAUGUAGUGUUAAUGUAGAAUAGGUACUGUUAAGGUAGUGCCAUAUUAAAGAGCUUCCUGGACUAUU